AUGUUUUUUAUAAUUUACCUUAUUUUUAUUGUGCUUUGUAAAACAAUUCAUAGUCAAUCAUGGAAUACAACAGGUGAAAUUUUUCCAUGGGAAUCUUAUUUAGAAUUGGGUGAUAUUCAACGACCUCUUGGUCUUACACUCGAUCGAUCUUCACUAGCUCAUCGUCAUUUUGCUAUUGGAUAUCUUUGUCUUCAUUCAUUUAUGUAUGAUGAAGCUAAAGAAGCAUUCAAUUUUGCUAUUAAUGUUAAUUCUACAUUUUUUGAAGCUUACAUUGGUAAAAUGCUUAGUUGUAAACAAACAUUAUGGUCAUAUACUGAUAUUGCUUGUGGUCAAGCGGUAUACAAUGCAAUUCGAAAUUUAAGUAAGACAAUUUUUCAAGGCGAACUUCUUUCGACAGUUUAUCAAUGGUAUUCUGAUAACUCAAAUAUAACAGUUGGUGAAAAUGCAUUUCUAUCAUCGAUUCGUAAUUUAUCUCAAAAAUAUUCGAAUGAAACUGAUAUUCGUGUUUUAUUGGGUCUUUCACUUCUUAAUGUUGCUAAUCAAGUUCAAUAUCAGUCACAAAUAGAACCACCGGAAAUGAUAGAAGCAAGAAGCGUAUUAGAAGUUGCAUUAAAAAAUGAAUCAAAUCAUCCAGGUAUACUUAAUUAUCUUAUACAUGCUUAUGAUGUUGCUCUGGUGAAUGUAUCUGAACGAGCUAGAGAAUAUGCAGAUCGAUAUGGAAAAAUUAUGACAACAUCAUCACAUGCACAACAUAUGCCUUCUCAUAUUUGGGUUCGAACAGGUUCAUGGAAUCGUGCUUUAUCAGCUAAUGAACAAAGUAUUCUUGUUAGUUUAAGAUUGUGUGCAAAGAAAUCAUUAGCACUUAAUUUAUCGAUUUCUUCAAUUCAAUUUGAACAGAUUUGGAAUUUAUUUAAUGCUACUCAACAAAAAUUACUUGUUCAAUGUGAUGUAGAAAAUCGAGCUCAUUCUAUGGAAUGGCUUUCGUAUUCUCGUUUACAAACAGGUAAUUGGUUAGGUAGUCUUGAUCUACUUCGAGAUUUAUAUUUUGCUAAUUAUCAAUCCAAUCAAACACCAAAUCCUUAUUUACCAUUUGCUUAUCGAACACAAGCUCAUAUGAUUAUUGAACUAUUCUAUUGGUUUCCUUAUAAUUCUCAAUUUCUGAAUAAAACUCAACAAUUAUUAGCAAUUAAUGGAACACAAACAAUGGUGUUAGUAGGUGAAAAUGCUACACGAUGGUAUCCAAUAUGGGCUGAAGCAGGGUUUAGAUUCAGUGAAUGUCUUCGAUUAUUAAUUACUUCUAAUAACAGUAAUAGCACAUCCGUAGUAACUGAACAUCUUAGUCGUUUAAAUAAUCUUUCUAGUAGAACAGCUUCAUCAAAUCCAUAUAUAUCAACUAGUAUUUCAAUAAUGAUAUCUCAAAUUUAUGGAAUUCGUUAUUAUAUGAAUCAAUCAUGGCAAGAAUGUUUGAAUGAACUAAAUAAUUCUGUUAACCGUGAAUCAACUCUUAUUCCUGGUACUAAUAGUCCUACUUUAAUAUUUAUACGUUCAUCAGAAUUACUUGCAGUACAUCUGUUACUUAUUCAUAAACGUUUUCAACUAGGAUUAAUCAAUGAGAAUUAUACAUUAAAAAGUAAACGAACACCUAUUGUCGACUUUCCAUCACAAGCAUUAAGUCUUUUGAAAAAAACUAAUGAAACUGCACCUAAUCGAGCUAUUAAUAUGGUUGGUAUGGCUCGAGCUUAUGUUCAAUCGGAUAAUAUUAAUGAAGCAGUAAAACUCUAUCAAUUAUUACUUACUCAAAUGAACUUUUCGAAUAAUUCUGAUUUAACAUUCUUUCAAGAAGCGCAACAGUUUAUUGAACAGAGCCUAGUACAAUAUAAUUCUUCAUCUAAUUAUCCUUCUUCACUAGCACAAUAUAAUUCUUCAUCUAAUUAUCCUUCUUCACUAGCACAAUAUAAUUCUGCAUCUAAUUAUCUUUCUUCAAUUUUUCUUUUGCUUUCUGUAUUUUUUUUUAAUUAA